UUAAGCGAGACGGCAUGGCUUUGGCAAACCCAGAGCGCGGACUAUCCAAUGGCACAGAUUCUGUGUCCCUGUUUUCCGAAAUUAUUGAACUAAAUGUUGGGGGGCAAGUGUAUGUGACAAGACACAAAACUUUAAUCGCCGUCCCGGACUCUCUUCUUUGGAGCAUGUUUAGUAAGAAAACACCAAAAGAGCUGGCACGAGACAGCAAAGGGCGCUUCUUUUUGGAUAGGGAUGGGUUUCUGUUCCGCUAUAUUUUAGAUUACCUUCGGGACCUUAAUCUUGUGUUGCCAGAUUAUUUUCCAGAGAAGAACCGACUGCAGAGGGAGGCUGAGUUUUUUCAGUUGCGAGACCUGUAUAAGCGCUUGAGUCCAAACAUGAGUAAGGAGAACUCCAUCAACGACGAGCUCCUCCACAGUGAUCCGGAGGACGCGCCUCUGCAGGGCGCUACGGGUUUGGACACCUCGCGCGCGCUCUCCGCUUUUGGCACCACACAGUCGCCAUCCGCAGAGAGCAAAAAAUCGGGCUACAUAACAGUUGGAUACAGGGGUUCAUAUACUAUUGGAAGGGAUACUCAAACUGAUGCCAAAUUCAGACGAGUGGCAAGAAUCACUGUGUGCGGGAAAACUUCUCUCGCCAAAGAAGUAUUUGGAGACACUCUGAAUGAGAGCAGAGACCCCGACAGGCCUCCAGAGAGGUAUACGUCCCGCUACUACCUCAAGUACAAUUUUCUCGAGCAGGCGUUUGACAGACUAACGGAGGUUGGCUUUCAUAUGGUUGCCUGUAGCUCAACUGGGACGUGUGCCUAUACCAGCAAUGACCCAAGCGAGGAUAAAAUCUGGACAAGUUACACAGAGUACGUGUUUUGUCGAGAGUGAAAUAUUUGUAUAGGCAGUUAAAUAGGCUACUGUAUGCGUCACCAACAGAAACUCAUUCUCUUUAAAUGUGUUUUGUCUAUAUAAUGUAAGCAUCAUUGUAGUCAUCUUUGCUUAGGUUAAGCAAGUUAACCACGGCACUGGCUCAGGUAAUAACAACAGAAUUACGCUUUGCUAAUAGCAAGUAACAUUCUAUGUACAUACAGACCAGAGCCAUUUUGAUUAAAAUAUUAUUAUUAUGGCAGGAUGACUUGGAAGUUUUCUUUACACAUGUAGUAUCAUUCAUGUACAUUCUUCUAGUAAAAACCCGAAUAAGCCUCUGACUCGGCUGUAUGUGGAAGGGGAAGCAUAUCUCACAAGGGGUGAGGCGGUAGCACUAGACUGGAAAUAGCUACAGAAAAUGAUUUACAGCAUCCCUGAAGUACAUUAAAACCCUUUGAGCUUCAGACCUUUAUCUCAUGUGACUCAGACUUCUAGAUCUGUUAAAGUGCAUGCUUCAUUCCAUCAUGAGUCUUAAAAAGCUGUUGUACUUUUCACCGUGACCUGUUUGAAAAAUACAAAUGCUGCAUUCAUAUAAUUAUAAACUUUCUAUUCAUAAUAAAUUCUGUUUUAUUUACAUGUACAACUAGUACAUGUUACUAAAUGUCUUUUAAUGUCUUUAUGUGCCAUGUGAA